AUGUCUUACAUUUUUAAAUCAAUCAGACUUUCCUUUCAAAUUUUCUUCCCAUUUUCCCAACAUCCCUCGUUCGAUGACCGCGCCCACCAUCCUUUCUUUGUUAUUUCCGUUCCUCUAUUUUUUUCUUUCCCUCCCUUUUCAUCCCAUUUCCCCUCCAGAUUUUCUUCCUUUCAUUUCUAUCCUUUCUUCCGUUUUUCCUUGAACCCUUUUCCAUCUUUCCGCUAUAACUUCUUCCUACAUUACAUUCAUUCUUUAGUCGUUAUUUCUUUCCAAUUGUACUUGUCAAUUUCCUAUCCAUUUUUUGGAGUUUCAUUUCUUUUGCCCACACUCCAUUACAUUUUCCCAACUGAUAUACUUUUCACUUACUCUCUAUCUUAUCGUCUGAUCUUCCCAUUUCCUUCCAUAAUUUACUUUAUUCCCGCUUUGUUUCUUUCAUUCCUCUCAUCCCACAUUCGUUCGAAAUAUUCUUUCAUCUCUUUUUUUUCUCAUCUUUCUUCCUUCUUUUUUCACAACAGAUUCCUUCUUCUUUAUUUUUCACUCCACAUUUCGUCCUUUCUUUCCUUCGUUUUUCUGGCUUUAUUUCCAUUCUUUCUCUCCGUAGUUCUUCCUCAGUUUCUUUUCUUGAAUCCCUUUGCAAAACGUUUAGGGACUGUACAAUGUCAUUAA